AAAGUCACAUGAUGGAGAAACCAUAGGUUUGCUAAACAUGCAACGUGUAUGGUUUGAAUGACUUCAGCCAAGUUCCUGUUUCUCUUACAGAACUGCAUGUUUUUAUUCAGCAAGCGCCUGGAUUUUUCGCCGUGAUGUACAGCAGCUGAAGGAGUUAUUGUAAUAUACACACUCUGCUUUCUACAGAGACAGAAAGGGCUAUAAGCUCCAAACAAUAAUUGUAUUUCAUCUGACAUUUCUCAGUGAAAGGCUCAGCCUGUUGCUUCUGUGGAACAAUUCCUUGAAAAGUUCAGUUUCAAACACCGUUGAACAGGAAAUAAGCACAGUGCAGAAAGAAGGAUGACUUCUCACAACAUGACAUGGAUCAGCUACCCAAGCAAGAGCCAGCCUUUCACUUCCUCAGAAGAAAUCGAAGCCGUCAUAGCUUCUCAAAACAUCAUAUCCAGACUCAUGCACUGUUACAUUGCCUUUUUUGUACCCACAGGAUUAAUAGCUGGCAUAUGUAUUUUGAUCAUUUUCAUAAGGAAUCAUUUACAGAACAAAAGAGAAAGCUUGGACUUACUUCUCCUACACUUCACCAUCAGCAAUAUCAUAAUGAUUUUUCUGUCCUUUACUGUCAUCACUAGACCUGACUAUUUAACAGCAACCCACCUUGCCUGUAGCGUGCUGUCAUUUUUUUUCAACUUUGGUUAUUUCAAUUCUCACUAUGUUUUCAUUUUGACACUUCUCACACUAUUACUGGAGAGAUUUCCACCACGGACUGCUCUCUGCAAAGCCACCCAAAAACCCAUCUUGUGUUUUGGGCUUGUACUUGCAUGCACCUUCUGUUUGUCCCUGACGGAGGCACUGCUGGUGGGCACUGACAAUUAUCAGCUGGAAGCACACUGCCAGUUGGAUCCAUUAUUUGCAUGGCCUGAAUACGAGAUUGUUAAAUUCACCUUUGGGUUUGGAAUCCCAACAUUACUCCAGAUCCUCUGUUUUACUGUUCUGUGGGCUAAGGAAGCACCUGCUGGAGCUCCAGCCUUGCAGCAGCACAUUCGCACUUACCCUGCCGUGUACGUGAUCGGCGUGACAAUUUUUAUUUGCCGCCUGUUUUAUAACGUCAUGAUUCUCUUCAGGACAACACUGAAACUACAGAGGAGCAUUGGAACUACAAAGAACGAGCUUGUGAUGAACAUUGCAGAAAUAGUGCUGUUCUGUGAGAGCUGUGCUAGUUUGGUAGUUAUACUUUGCUUUCAUAAACCGUGCAAGGAUGAAGUACUUAAAGUCAUACAGAAGUGCCGAAGGAAAACCCACGCCAGCAAUCACCUUGAAAUACCAGAAACAGCCACGACCCAUCAAAGUGGGUCUCAGUAAUACUUGCUCUUCUAAACAACUGUCAAUCCACUUUGCUUUUCAGCUUGUGGGUUUGGUUUGGUUUUUAACUUCUUCAAAAAAAGGGCAAUUGUUCCUUCUUUAGAACCCAAACUUGGCCUAUCUUACAGCUAGCAGUACUGGA